AGAGAGACGGCAGUGAACUGGUCAGCCGUCAGAGCGACGAGUGAGGCUGGAUGGACUGGAUUGGGAACGGUUUAGGCACGAGCGGAAUUCGGCAAACCCAAAACCGUUAUCGCCUCCGCCAUUGACUCUUCUCUCGAAUCCAAAGCGCACGGCACAAAAAUCCUCCCGGUAAUUUUUUUCAUUUCAUUCUCGGCGGCCUAGUCCUCUCCCUUUCCCUCCCCAUCACCUUGGUCUUCCUCCUCGAUUCGAUCCGAACCCAUCCGAUUCGGAAGAGAGGUGGUGAUGCCGCUUGUGGAAUCGCCUCAAUGGCGCCGGAAGGCCACCGAUUUCUUCUCUUCAUCUAGCUUCAAGCUGAAGCAGGCAGGGCAAUCUGCAGGGGAUAAUAUAGCUGAUGUUGCCGGUAAGGUUGGAACAGUGGUGAAGAGUCGGUGGGCUAUCUUCCAGGAUGCUAGACAGCGACCGCCACCACCAGGAGAUACUGUGCAGGAGCGCUUCAUCUCUGCUGCUGCCAACACUGGAGUGAUUCUGAGGAAGGGCAUUUCAGAGACAAAGGAGAAGGUCGCGGUGGGAAAGGUCAAAGUUGAAGAGGCUGCCAAAAAAACUGCGGACAAAAGCAAAACUAUUUUGAACAAUAUUGAACGCUGGCAGAAGGGAGUUGCGAGCAAUGACGUUUUUGGUGUUCCUGUUGAAGCCACUGUACAACGGGAGCAAUCUGGUAAAGCUGUGCCUCUGAUACUGGUGAGGUGUGCAGACCACUUGGUUAUAUCAGGCUUGAGUAAUGAGUACUUGUUCAAAUCUGAAGGCGGCAGAAAAGUUCUUCAGCAACUAGUUUCACUUUACAAUGAGGAUUCGGGUGCAUCUUUGCCUGAUGGUGUUAGCCCUAUUGAUGUAGCUGCACUGAUCAAGUGCUACCUUGCCAGCAUCCCCGAACCACUUACAACAUUUGCUCUUUAUGAUGAGCUUAAAGAUGCGAGGGUUAGCAUUGAUGAUCUUAAGAACAUACUGAAGAAGCUUCCAAAUGUGAACUACAUGACACUAGAAUUUGUUACAGCAUUGCUACUAAGAGUAAGCCGUAAAUCAGCACUCAACAAGAUGGACUCUUGUACCCUUGCUGUGGAGUUCGCACCUUUGAUCAUAUGGCAGCAAGGGGAUUCUGGAACAGAUUUGCGGAAUCAUCUCAGAUUCACACUGAAACCACCUCCAAAAAUUGUGGACACGACGACAAGUACCACUACAUGGGACUUGCUAGAUGAGGAUGAUGUGGAUGCUUCGUCGCAAAUCCCCUUGGACGAUGGUUCGCCUCCAGACUAUGGUGCUAUUGAGGUGAUCCAGUGCUUGAUUGAGCAUCACAAUCCCAUAUUCACGGAUGCAAACGAGACUGUAUGGAGAUGACCUGACCUGGCCGGCUCCUCUUUAGAUUUCUGUGGUAUUUAGCUCGUGCUAUGUACAAGUUCCAGGUAGUAGGAUGGAGUGGAGUGCCGCGAAUAAGUCUAGUCUCGGGGACAAGCAUUUUGGUCCAAACUUUUUUUGUCUUGUUUUGUGGGAGUAAAAGUAGGAACUGUAUAUAUUAAUUGUCCACAUGGCAGAGUUGUCUUGUGGGAUUUGCCUCGACAUGGCUCGUCAAUAAUGUACCAUGAUUCUUGUGCUGUA